GCCGAGUUGAGAUAAGGCUUUCUGGGAAGUGUAGCCUGGUUGGACAGCAUUCCAUUUAGAAAUAACCAUGUGUGAACAGCUGGGACACUCUCUCUAACACUUUAAGAAACCUGGAUAUAUAAAGUCAGCUUUGUAAGAUGUCCCUGAUGGCCGUGUCUGCCCCCCGGUCGUCUGUGUUUACAUUUGAGUCUACAGCACAUUCCUCCCAUGUGUUGCGCUGCCUGGACGAGCAGCGUUGUCGGGACACACUGUGUGAUAUUACGGUAGUGGUGGAGGGUCAGAGUUUCAGAGCUCACCGCUCAGUGCUUGCUUCCUGUAGUGAGUACUUCACUCACAGGAUCUCCUCUCUGACACAACAUGGAGCAGUCAUCACUCUGCCACAAGAGGUAACAGUUGCUGGCUUUGAACCUUUGCUGAAGUUUGCCUACACAUCCAAACUACUCUUUGGGAAAGGCGAUGUCUUAGAAAUCCGGAGCUCAGCCUGUAUUCUAGGUUUCAGAGACCUAGACGAAGCAUGCUUUGAUUUCCUCCUCCCUAAAUUCUUUUCUGACAGUCAGGGCUCUGCUCCUUUUCCAAGAAAGACCUGCUGUAAGAAGAAAUGCAAGAGGCGAUUAUCAAAGGAGUACUGCGGUAUUGACUAUGACGAUGUGCUGUUGGAUGAGAAAGAAGUAAAACCAGUUGCUGACUCACCAUCUCAACAGGAAGUGGUCUGGCUUGGUAACAAAUCAGUGAACAGAAAAAUAGGAAGUCAGAACAGUACAAGCACUCUUACACCUGUAGCUGAAGGGACAUAUGAUUUUAUACAGUGCCCAAAGUAUCGCAAGUUCCAGCUGGCUUGUGGGAAGGAAACUUUUGUCACAGAGAAAAGCCUGAGCAAUCCAGUAACAGUAACCAAGAAUGACUUUGACCUUCCCUGCUCACCCUGCGGUAGCAGUGUGAACAGCAAGAAUGAAACAGAAAGGAAUGAGAUUGACUUCCCUGGAAAGAGUUCCUCAGAUCCCACCAGGCAGAGCAAAGGAAGGGCAGAUGGGCCAUGGAAAGAUGAAAUACAGGACAUGCAAAGAGAGGGAUACAGGGGCAGAGGGGGGGCUGUGGUUAAGAAAGACACGGAGGAAGAGGAGGAAAGGGAGAUGGAGAAAGAGAUGGAGCAUAGCUCUGCACUCACCUUUUCAGAGAGAUCCGAUGUCAAGGUAGUCUCCUCGAGGCCAAGCACAGUGCUGGGUGAAAGGUCACCGGGGUUAAUAUUUCACCAUUACCCCCUUGAGGCCAUUGGUGAGGGCCCUGCAAUCAGUAGGUCACUGGGCCCAAAGAGGUGUAUGGUGGACAUUAAAGAGGGCAAGAAAACAAGGAAUUCUGCUGCACAGGAACCACCAUCUAUUCAUCAAGAGAUAGGAGAACAGGUAGAAGCUGAGGGGAAAAGGGAAGAUAUUGUAAUAGAGUUCCCCGGGCAAGAAAAAGGACAAGGCAGCAUGGAGCAGGCGGCCCUGCCAGUGAAUAAUGGCAGAGAGAGCAGCAUUACAGAAAGAGAGGUGGCUGAGCACCUAGCUCAGUGGCUCGGAUCCAACACUUCCUCCUCUCAUCUGAAUCUCCAGGACCCUGAUGCAGGAAGUUCCUCUGAUACCAGGUGCAGACAGAUGCAGAGCACAUCUUUGGAAUGGCUGCAGGCAAAUCUCAGCUCCACAAGUACCAGCUGCCCCUUUCUCCGGGAUUUAGACCAAAGCAAAUGUUUAUGGAGGGGAGAGGGGUCUGAGAGCGAAGCAGUGUCUCAGUCAGGUGUGUCAUCCCUCAACUCAGGGGAGGAUGGAGAUUCAGAGACAGAGGGAGACAGCGAGUCCUACACAAGGGAGAGGGCCAGGCAGGUGCAGUUACCCUUCUCUGUGGACUGGAUUGUGGAUCUGAGUAGAAAUGACUUCCAACAGCUGCUGAAGCAACAGGUCUUUACACGUGAACAGCUGGAGUUUGUCCAUGAUAUGAGACGGCGCAGCAAAAACCGCCUUGCUGCCCAGCGCUGCCGCAAGAGGAAACUAGACUGCAUAUACAACCUGCAGUGUGAAAUCACCAAGCUGAAGACGGAGAGGGACAAACUGAUGACUGAGAAGAGCCACCUGGGCCAGCUGAAGUCGAAAGCAUAUCACAGCGUCUCUGACUUGUGCCAGAAGGUCUGCAGUGAAGCUAAACUGCAGCCUGAGCAGCUCCAGGUGUUGGCCAAAUACACCUCUCCAGACUGCCCUCUGUCCUCUUUAUUUUCUCACAUAGACUCUCUCCUUUCAUGUCACCCACAGGCUUCACACUCGGCUUAUACCAUGGGUAACAAAUAUAUGGCAUCUGAGGAGGCUUUGUCCAGCUCGAACAGGGACACAGGCACAGGGGAUAGUCAAGACACAGGGACACAUUAGUACACAGUGUACAUCAUCUUUGUAUAAACCCCAUAGGAUAGUGGUGCCUGAGGUCCCCACCCUGUGUCAUCUAAAGACAUUGCCAUGGACAGUCUGCAAAAUAAAGCAUUGGUGCACUUAUGGCAUAGGAUAAUACAAUUAAAAUGAGGGCCAUAAUCACCACAUGUUUUUAUUAACUCGUGCUACUCUUACUAAAGGUCACUAAAGCAUUCCAUGUGUCCAAACCCACUGGGCCAUGUCCUUCAGAAGGCAUUGUGUCCAGCUUUGUAAAUAGCUUAUUACCUUUUUAUAGGCACUAAUUAACUGUCUACAAAUCAACCCAGCCAGGGUGUAUGUUGAGAGUAUUUGAAUUUCAGCACUGAGACAAUCACAACUUCAAUCAUCAAAAGGAACAAUGAUAUAUGUAUGUAUGUAUAUAUAUAUAUAUAUAUAUAUAUAUACACUGUGUAUGUGUGUGUGUG